AUGGAGCCCAGGCCCGCCGCGCCGCGGCCUCGCUUGUGCGACUCUCUCGGCGCGGACCAGACACCCUCGGCCUCUACGCUGAACGCGGCCCGGGCCGAGGCUCGGCCAGCUGGGCGCCGCGCUCCCGCAGUGGCUGCGGUGUUGCCGGCGGGGGGUAGUGGGGAGCGCAUGGGCGUCCCCACCCCGAAGCAGUUCUGCCCCGUCCUGGAGAGGCCGCUCAUCAGCUACACGCUGCAGGCCCUGGAGAGAGUAUGUUGGAUAAAGGACAUUAUUGUUGCAGUAACUGGAGAGAACAUGGAAGCAAUGAAGGGUAUCAUUCAUAAGUACCAGCAUCAACGCAUCUCUCUGGUUGAAGCUGGAGUGACCCGUCACAGGUCAAUUUUCAAUGGACUCAAAGCACUGGCAGAGGACCAGCCUGACUCUAAACUGUCUAAGCCAGAAGUUGUGAUAAUCCAUGAUGCUGUGAGACCAUUUGUUGAAGAAGAUGUCCUUCUUAAGGUUGUCACAGCUGCUAAGGAAUAUGGGGCAGCAGGAGCAAUUCGACCUCUUGUAUCUACUGUAAUCAGUCCAUCUGCUGAUGGUUGCUUAGACCAUUCACUAGAACGUGCCAGACACAGAGCAAGUGAAAUGCCACAGGCUUUUCUAUUUGAUGUGAUCUAUGAAGCAUAUCAGCAGUGUAGUGACUAUGACUUGGAAUUUGGAACUGAAUGUUUACAGUUGGCUCUAAAAUAUGGUCACAUUAAAGCCAAACUUGUGGAAGGAUCACCUGACCUCUGGAAGGUGACCUACAAACGAGAUCUGUAUGCAGCUGAAUCGAUUAUUAAGGAAAGAAUUUCACAGCACAUUUGCCUGGUUAUGGACACAAAAGAUGAGAAUCAUGUAGGUCAUCGUCUUGAAGAAGUACUAAAAGACGAAUUAAAUCAUGUAAAAGUCACGUCUCGACUUCCAUGUCACACUUGCAGAGAUCUUGAUCAAAUCAUGUCAGAGCAGUGCUACAGUUACGUUUGCGUGAACGUUAUGACCUCUGAUUUUGAGGAAAUCCGGAAGUUAGUGAAUAUGCUGGAAGAGAGUAAUCUUUCCAUUUUAUAUCCUGUUGUUGUUAUUUCGGUGUAUUUUCUUGAUUAUAAAUCAGUACCUUUUGAUCAGAAAAUGAAAAACCUAAUGCAGAUUAGGGAAUAUGCAAAGGAAGUGAAAAAAAGAAAUAUUUUAUUAUGUGGUCUUCUUAUACAUUAUCCACAGGAUGAGCAGAAGCUACAGGAAAGUUUAAGGCAAGGUGCUACGAUUAUUGCCACCUUAAUCAAAGAAAGAAAUUCUGGACUUGUUGGUCAGCUCCUGGUAGCAUGAAGAACACAGAGAUAAUUACUUAUUAGGUUUUAGAAACAUUUAUCUAGGUAUCUCUGCUGUGCUCCCUCCCUAUUAUAUGUAGUGGCAUGUUUAUAUUGUCUUUUAUGUCUCAUAAUUGGUGGGAUGUGAUGUUUGGGUUAAAAAAGUGGAUCAUUGUUUAUAUCUGUGAAAUAAAAAUAUACUUUUGUGCAUGUCAAAUAUAAAUCGAAUCAGAAAAUAGGUAAAUGGAAAGUAAUUGCUUUCACAUAAUCUUUGCACAAAAGCAUAAAAGAUUGAAUAGAAAUAAUGACGGCUGAGCUAAUCAUCCUCGGAAUGAGAAUUCAGAAAACAACCAUGAUCUGUGUUAAUUAGCAAAUCACAUUGUCUUGAUACUAAUAGAUAUGAGUUAGAAUUAUUCUUAAUACUAAAAUUGUCCUUUUCCAUGUGAUAUUUUGACCUGUAUUCUAAUUUUCCACACCUUAAAAAAUAAAUAAAAGAGGAGAUAACAGGGAACUCUGGUUGAGAUAUUUUCACCGUUGGGCUCACAUUACUCUAGGUCCAUAAAGAAGAUGUAAUCCUCUCCUACUUUCUGUUUUAAAAUUGUAUGUUUUCCUUGGUUUAUGAAAAAUAAUUUUGACUUACUUUGGUCUCUGAUUUUUCUGGAUACAUUUAAAAGAAGACUGGAAAUCCCCAUGAAAGUGAAAUUAUUUUGGUCAAUCCCAAAUUAGUCCUUUUUGAAAAGGAGGGAGUCAUUGCAUCUUCAAGAAUUAAAUUAUUUUUUGAUACAGAUACUGCUGUUGUUUAAAAUCAAGUUUUCAAUCUUUCAAAUUUCCCCUGGUAUAUACACCUUAAAUGUGUAAAUGAUUUUCCCUAAAACUAAAUUUUACAAUUAUGUACAUCCAAUCAUUAGAGAUAACUUUUAUUCCAUAUUUACAUUUACUUUAUAAAAACACAUUAGAUCAGAUUCCAAGACUUAGGUUACAUGUGGAAACUAUAAAAGCUGCAGGAGAUGUUAUCAGUUGAAGAUCGACUGUGAAAUACCUACCUUCAGGAAUUUCUUCUUAACAAGUUGGAUGAUUUUCUCUAUUUUUCUCAAGGAUGUAUUUUGGUGGGAGAGUUGAUGUUUUACAUUUCAGUAAUGGUAGAAUAUAAUGGACCUGGAGUUAUUACUAUAAUUCAUUCUCUUAAAUGAAAUGUAUUGUUUCAGUGUAGCUUGGAUGUAAAUUUCUGGGCUUGCCACUUUUUUCCUCUCUCUCUAGGGAUGUUAAGAAAUAUAAAAUAAAUGAUAUAAUUCAAA